AAGUCCACAACCCAUUUAACAAUCAUCGGACAAAAAAAACUGAAAAAUUGGCAACAAAAAAAAAAAACGAAACUUUAUUUUUUUUGGCAAAAAUGGCAUUGAAAGCAUAUGCCAAUUAUCUUCGUCCACCUUCAACUGUACCAAUUCGUUUUAACAAACCCACAAAAAUUCGUAAUUUAUGUGUUAGGAAUUGCAGCAGUGGCACACUUGAUAUUGAUAAUUCUCGUAAGCUAGUUUUGGAAGUGAAGGAAAGGCUCAAAAAUGAAUAUCAUGAGCUCCCUGUAGGCAAGAAUGGACGAGAUGAUGAAAGCAUGAUCCUUUGGUUUCUCAAAGACCGCAAGUUCUCUGUUGAUGAUGCUGUGAAAAGGCUCAGUAAAGCUAUUAAAUGGCGGCGAGAAUUUGGAGUGGAUUAUCUAUCUGAAGACUCUAUGAAAAUUGCAGCUCAAACAGGCAAAAGCUCCGUGCAUGAUUUUCUUGAUGUGAAUGGCAGACCUGUACUAUUAGUGGAGGCAUCAAAACAUUUCCCUGGAAUGCAGGAUGAGGACGAGAAACUAUGCGUGUUCCAGAUUGAGAAAGCUUUGAGUAAGCUCCCAGAAGGCCAAGAACAAAUACUUGGAAUAAUUGACCUCAGGGGCUUUGGUACUGCAAAUGCAGAUAUGACUUUCUUGACAUUUCUGUUUGAUGUCUUCUACUAUUACUAUCCAAAGAGGUUGGGCCAGGUGCUCAUGGUGGAAGCACCUUUUGUUUUUAAGCCUCUUUGGCAGCUGGCAAAACCCCUCCUUAAACAGCAUGCAUCUCUGGUGAGAUUUUGUACGGUACAGACAGUCCGAGAAGAAUAUUUUACAGAGGAAACCGUGCCUGCCAUCUUUACAGAUGAGAAGACUUCACAGAAUUGUCCGCAAAUGUAGUGGUUUUAGCGAUAUGUUCAGAUUUAUCAGUUCAGCUUAAGUUACAAUGUUGUAUCCCCUCGCUGGAUAUUAUAGGUGAUCUAUGACUUGAGAGCAUUUCUGCGGCAACCAGUCAAACAGAGCUCUCCAGAUUUUGGAGAGGGACAACAAUAUAUCAUGAUCAAGAAGAGGAAUUAAAAACUUUUUUUACGGUUGCUAUUGUACUGAAAGAUAUCUUUCUCUGUAAUAAUUCUGUAGUUUCAUAUACACACUUGCCAGGUUGCUGGGAACAUGUAAUUACAUCUUAGUGUAAGAUUAUGUUACAAGAUAUAGUAGUAUAUAAUACACUUGAGUUCAGAUUUGCCAAAACUGUCGCGUAUUCGCUUCUUAAACUCAAAUUUGAAUGGUACUUGUUUAGGCCGGGAUCUAUGACUUGAGAGCAUUUCUGCGGCAACCAGUCAAACAGAGCUCUCCAGAUUUUGGAGAGGGACAACAAUAUAUCAUGAUCAAGAAGAGGAAUUAAAAACUUUUUUUACGGUUGCUAUUGUACUGAAAGAUAUCUUUCUCUGUAAUAAUUCUGUAGUUUCAUAUACACACUUGCCAGGUUGCUGGGAACAUGUAAUUACAUCUUAGUGUAAGAUUAUGUUACAAGAUAUAGUAGUAUAUAAUACACUUGAGUUCA